ACUACAUUUGGAAAUGCCCGAAGAAACUUCCAAACGUGCUUCAAAGCAUCCUUGGACGCCUCAAGAGGAUGAACUUUUGAAAAAUAAGAUCAAAGAACAUGGUACUUCUUGGGCAAAAAUUGCUACAUAUUUUAAUGACCGCGACGCCCAGAGUUGUAAAAAUCGUCAUCAAUAUCUUAAACGACGUCCAGCUGAUUGGAGUGAGGAGGAAGACUUGUCAUUAAAACAAGCAAUGAAAGAUCAUGGUAAACUUUUUGCUGAGGCAUGGAAAGCGGUUGCCGACGACGUCCCGAAUAAAACUUGGCAACA